GGCUGCGCUCCGAGCCGUGCCGGUGGCGGCGCUGACAAGAUGGCGGUGGCGGGCCGCGGGGCCGCGGCCGUGAAGCCCAUCUUCAGCCGGGACCUGGGCGAGGCGAAGCGGCGGGUGCGGGAGUUGUACCGGGCCUGGUACCGCGAGGUGCCCAACACGGUGCACCUGUACCAGCUGGACAUCACCGUGAAGCAGGCGCGGGAUAAGGUGCGGGAGCUGUUCGUGAAGAACGCCCACGUUACGGACCCGCGGGUGAUAGACAUGCUGGUGAUUAAGGGAAAAAUGGAUCUUCAAGAAACCAUUCACGUAUGGAAGCAGAAGACUCACAUCAUGAGGUAUUUCCAUGAGACGGAAACCCCACAGCCCAAAGACUUUCUGUCCAAAUUCUAUGCAGGCCACAACCCGUGAGACAGACCGACUCUGUGUCUUCCUGUCCUGUGUUACAAAUAAACUUCUAUAUAACAAAAAAUCUGUAGAGACAGAUUGUAUAAAAGUCUAGGAGCCUAAGGACUAAAUCUGAACCCGGCGUGUGCGCAAGUCAUUAACGAGCUCUAUGAGGAGCUGUGAUCACCUAGUUUCUGCCCGCAUGUAUUUUCAGUGGGUGGUUUGUCUCAUCAUUUGCCCUGGAGUGUUUGCUGAAUAACCGCAGCGCAGCCGGGUUGUGGAGCUGUCUGCUCGGCCUGCAGCCCUGCACGUGGGUGGGAGCCCCUUGGAAAAAAGAGCAGGCAGGAACGGGCCUUUGGAAAAGCUGCUGUAGUCGCAGAGGUUUUGUGCUUGAGGCCCACGUGUGUUUCACAAUUUCAUGCCAUGACUUUGUUGACCUUAUUUAUCACUUUGAAACUAUUCUCUGUUUACUUCCUAGCAGAGAAUGGCUCAAAAUCCAAUAGGCCAAUAAAGCCCUUUGUACAAUGAA